AUGCACAGUAACGAACCAGUAGAAGAUGAGCACGCCGAAGCCGUUCUGCCCGUUCCGUCUGGGUACUGGGCAUUCUUCGGCCUCUUUGAUGGACACAGCGGCAGAGACACUAGCGUCUGGCUCGCAGACAACCUCGUCCCUGCCGUCACUGGGGCUCUCGCCGAUCUGUACUCAAGAGUGGCGAACGGAAGUGCAAACCCAGCGUCUCCCCCUGCCCCCUCUGAGGCGGAUGUCGAGCAUACGUUGAAGGACACUUUCAACAGACUUGACGAUGAUAUUGUAAACGUCCCUCUGGAUACUAUCUUCUCGUCAAACUCUCGACACGCUGCUGCCACCCUUCUUGCCCCCGCUUGGUCCGGCUCCUGCGCUCUGCUCUCGUUCUACGACUCUCACUCCCGGUUGCUUCACACUGCUGUGACGGGGGAUUCACGUGCGGUCCUCGGCCGCCAGGAUCUCGACGAGUCUGGGAGACCCACUGGCACGUACUCUGUCCACGUGCUUACGGCCGACCAGAAUGGCUGGAACCCCCUUGAGCAAGAACGCAUGGCGGCGGAACACCCGGGCGAAGACACGGUGCGCAACGGACGCGUUAUGGGAAUGGGGAUGUCGCGCGCGUUCGGGGACGCACGAUACAAAUGGUCGCGCGAGGUACAGCACCGACUCAAGCGCGAGUACCUGGGCAGGACGCCCCUGCCGGAUGUGAAGACACCUCCAUAUCUGACUGCCGAACCCGUCGUGACCUCCAUCGCCGUCCGUCCGGGCGACUUCCUCAUCAUGGCCUCGGACGGAUUGUGGGAGGCCCUGACCAACGAGGAGGCUGUCGGGCUUGUCGGGCUAUGGAAGGACAUGCGCAGCGCGCGCAGCCACGGAGCCAGCAGCGGGGUUAUGUUGGAGUCGGCCGAACUGCCUGUACAAGUGCAGGACCACACUGAGACUGUGCGCUACCGCCAAUGGGGUGCGGAGAAACGCUUUGUCAGCGGCGACGAGAACGCGGCAACGCAUCUAUUGAGGAACGCGCUCGGGGGAGCCGACGUCGACCUCACCGCGGCGCUUUUGAGCAUGAGAGCACCUCGCUCGAGGGUUUACAGGGAUGAUAUUACGAUCACAGUAGUCUUCUUUGCUGAAGAUGAUCGUCGGACGCCCGCUUGA